UCCCUCCCUCUCUCUCUAGCUGUGAAUCACUGAGUUGUGCCAUCAGACUACAAUCUCUCUGAUCUCUCUCUCUCUGUGCGAGGAACUGUGUUGUGCCAUCAAACUAAAUUCUCGUUGUCUGUCUUUCUCUAUAAAAACUAUGACCACCCUCAGGAUCACAGCCGACGGCAACGGAACUCUGGUUCCGAGUUACAGCAAGGCCAUCACGCCCGGCAUCUCCCAGUUGCACCUCCGAGACUCGCCCGCCUUCCGGCAUCGCCAGCACCAUCGAGUCGACGGCCCUGCUGUCGUCUUGAAGCUUGCCGACUCGGUCGGCAUCGCCGGCACAUCUCCGAGUCUCUUCAGCCCUGGCAACCCCUUCCUUCCCAGCCUCAAGCCCAAGGACGAGGAGAUCGGCGUCUUCGGCGCCGAGAAGUACUUCAAAGGGGAGGACGACGGCCAGUUGCGUCUCGGGAUUCUGAGUCCGCGGGUCUACAAACCGGUGACCCCCAGUCGCAGCUCCGAGUCGAGCGCCAACAGCCAGGCCGCGCUCCUUCGGAGCCACCAGCCGAGGACCGAACCGCGACCCAACGGGAAGCGUCAGAAGAACAGAAUAGUGUUCAUGGGAUGCCCUUGCUCUGGGAUGAAAUCGGUUCGGACCGACGACGUGAAGGUCCAAGAAACUCGAAAACCGAUCUUCGACAUCCGAUCCGGUUACACUGAGUCGUUGUCGAAACGUAUCGUCUUAGGCAUAUCGGAUCCUGCGGACCGGAUCCUCAAGCUCCCUCCAGAACUCCUGCUGAGAUCCGGCAGGUUCGAGAGGGCAAGGAAAGAGACCGGUACAUUUCCGACCGCUAAUUUGCCGGGAAAGAUCCCCGCUAAAGUCGGGUCUGAUGUUCAGAAGCCUCGAAUAUCCAUAGAGGUAUUCAGGUCAGAGGACGUGGGCCCUAGAGUUUCCAGCGGCCGGAGGUUGUCCUCACGCCGUGCGGACGUGGUGUCGCCGGGCGCCGGACCGCGCGACGAUGAUGCAGCCAGCGAUGCGAGCUCGGACCUGUUUGAGCUCGACGUGGUGUCGAGCCAAGUCGGGUCAUACCUGCGGCGCGCCAUGUCCAGCACUGCGUCGCCGUCUUGCUACGAGCCCAGCGAGGCUAGCAUCGAGUGGAGCGUAGCGACUGCAAGCAUGGCCGACGGGUCAGAGUUGGUCGGCCGGCUGUCAGGCGCUGAUGGUAGGGGCAUGGGCUUGGGCUUGGGUUCGGGUCCGGGACUGCCGAUACCAGAAGGCGCGAACAAGAGGAGGCCGAGCCUUCUAGGUUGCCGGAGCGAAAGGGCGGUCAACAUCGCGGCCGACUCGUUGAUCAAACCGCCGGCCGAUAAAUGUGGGCCGUGCCUGGAACCUUUACAGGCGCAGCCCUAUCACCCCAAGCCCGUAAACGUGCUUUAGUUCCCCUGUUGUGAACAUAUGAUAGUUGUCUCAAUUUCAAGAUUUUACAAGUUUGUGGUGGAUUUCACGAUUCAGUUUGUGUAUUCGUGUAAGAACUGGUGUUCUGUUUCAUUAAUUGUAUCACUUUUUUGUGUCAUAAACGCGAUUGUUGUCAA